AUGGACGCCUCACUCUACCUGCUGCUGCCCCCGGUGGCAUUGCUCACUUACUUGGUGUACAACGUCUUCUACACUUUCUAUUGGCACCCGCUCGCUCGCUUCCCCGGGCCUCCACUCGCGGCUUUGACCCGGCUUUAUCGGACGUACAUCGACUGCUCGCCCAGCCGCUCCUUCGUCCACACCCUGGGCCAGCUCCACGAGAAAUAUGGUGACAUCGUCCGAAUCGGCCCGAAUGAGUUGCACUUUCAUUCCCCCGCGGCUUAUCUCGAAAUAUACAAUGCGAACCAUCGGUGGGACAAGGAGAAGAGUCUGUACCAUAGCUUUGGCGAGGACCGCUCGUCGUUUGGGUUCCUGACCUACCGCGAGUCGAAGGAGAGGAAGGAUGUGCUCUCUCGGAGAUUCUCCAAGAAAGCUGUCCAGGAGGCGCAGAGGAUUGUGGAGGGGAUAGUGCUCGAUCUAUGUAACACAUUUGAGCAGAACAGCGCGUCACCCAUUAACCUCUUCUACGCCUUUCGCUGCAUGUCUAUCGAUGUCAUUACUUACUUGUGCUUUGCAAACUCGGUGGACGCUGUCCAUGCCCCCAACUAUGAGGCGCCCAUCAUCCUGGCCAUGGACGCAUCGCUCCCGGUGUUUGUCCGAUUCAAACACUCGCCCUUUUACAAGAACAUGAUCAUGAAUUGCCCUCCAAAGCUGUCAAAGAUAAUUAGCCCAGCUACUGCUGGCCUUGUUGAUCUGCAGACUCUCCUCAAAGCCCAAAUCGAAGAAAUCACAACCGACCCUGGAAAGCUGGCCAAGCUCCCGCACUCCACUACAAUUUAUCAUGAGCUACUCCGACCGGAGGCAUAUCGCACCGGUACUGCCCCGAGCAGUGGGAGUCUGUAUGAGGAAUCGCAAGCUCUGAUGUUCGGUGGCGCAGACACAACCGGCACAGCCCUAAUGCACGGCUGCUUUUAUAUUCUGUCCUCCAGGGCAGUCUACGCCAAAAUCAAGGCCGAACUCCUCACCGCAUGGCCUGUUCUGGAUGGUCCCCCGCCUAGCUGGGAGCAGUUGGAGAAGUUGCCGUAUCUGACUGCCGUCAUCAAGGAAUCUCUCCGCAUGAGCCCGGGAGUUGCCUCUCCUCUUCCUAGGGUCGUUCCUGCGACCGGCGCUGUCAUAACCAAGACUCCGAUUCCCGGGGGUACCGUCGUCGCCCACGCGAGUCACUUCGUCCACCGCAAUCCUGACGUCUUUGCCAACCCCGACGAGUUUAUCCCUGACCGCUGGCUCGGUGAGAACGGACGGGCGCUGGAUAGAUGGCUGCUUAGUUUCUCGCGGGGCCCGCGUAGUUGUCUCGGGCAGCAUCUUGCUUGGUUAGAGCUUUAUUUGUGUUUCGGCCAUCUCUUCCGCAAGUUUGAUGUGGAAAUGGACCCGUCGAGUCCGAAGAAACUGGAAUGGAGAGACUGUUUUCUUCCGGAUUAUGUCGGACCGCAUCUGCGGGCGAAGAUGACGCCGGUGACUAACUAA